AGUCAUGAAGAGGAGUGGCACACCAGUGUGGGACAGAAGGAGCUACAGGCCCCCUCCCACAUUAAAGAGGAGCAGCUUCAUGAUGAAGAUGAAGCUCAGUCCUUACAGCUUCAUCACAGUCAAAGUGAGGAGAACAGAGGGGCGGAGCUUGUAAGUCAACACAUCACAGAAGCUGAUGGAGAGCAUUGUGAAGAUAUCAAGUCAGAACCAGACAGCAUCUUUGCUCCACUGUCAGACAUGGACCACAUGAUGUCACACUCUUCUGAUCACAGUGACCACAUCCAAAAACCUUUGGAGAGUAAAAAUGACUCUAAAGGUGAUACGAGACAUCACACUAACAACAAACACUUCUGCUCUGAAUGUGGGAAAUCAUUUAGACAGAAGAGUAAUUUUACAAGACACAUGAGAACACAUACUGGAGAGAAACCUUUUACUUGCUCUGUUUGUAAGAAAAGUUUCUCCACUAAGCAAAGCAUGACCACACACAUGAGAACACACACUGGAGAGAAAGCUUUUACUUGCUCUGUUUGUAAGACGAGUUUCUCCAUAAAGCGUAACAUGACCACACACAUGAGAACACACACUGGAGAGAAACCUUUUACUUGCUCUGUUUGUAAGAAAAGUUUCUCCACUAAGCAACGCAUGACCACACACAUGAGAACACAUACUGGAGAGAAACCUUUUACUUGCUCUGUUUGUAAGAAGAGUUUCUCCACAAAGCCACACUUGACCACACACAUGAGAACACACACUGGAGAGAAACCUUUUACUUGCUCUGUUUGUAAGAAGAGUUUCUCCAGAAAGGAACAAAUGACCAUACACAUGAGAACACACACUGGAGAGAAACCUUUUGCUUGCUCAGCUUGUGCUAAAAGAUUCAACAUAAAGAAUGACAUGAUAUUACACAUGAGAACACACACAGGUGAGAAACCUUUUACUUGCUCUGUUUGUAAGAAGAUUUUCUCUAGAAAGCAACACAUGGCCACACACAUGAGAACACACACUGGAGAGAAACCUUUUUCUUGCUCAGCUUGUGCUAAAAGAUUCAACACUAAGAAUGGCAUGAUAUUACACAUGAGAACACACACUGGAGAGAAACCUUUUCCUUGCUCAGUGUUAGAAUAAUUAUGUAUAUAGUAGCACACUAACUUUAGUAUCCUUAAAGUCUGUUGCUUUAGUUAUUAGUUAUUGUGCUUAAGUUAGACUUUUGUAUUCGUGCAAGGACACAAACUUCUUGUCUGAGGGGUGGCCUCAGCCGCAGAUGUUAUCUUUGUUUUAGCCCGCUAACAGCCAAGGACUUCAAGGACCUCAACGAAGAUAAGACGACAACACGCAGAUGAAGCAGAGACUUUAAGGACCUCAAUGAAGAUAAGAUGACAACACGCAGACGAAGCGGAGACAAGGCGAAAUCACAAGGUCCCCACCACAUUCUGUCACGUAUUGUGCGUCCUGGACCUGCUUUGCAUAAUAUAUGUGACCACUCCUUUUAGAGGCGGCCUCAGUGAUGUUGACUGUGGAACUCUUGAAUAAAUAGAGGGACGCGGGAGCUGAACCUUAGA